UCUUCCAAAAUAUAUACACAUCCUUUUGAUCAUUCUCUCUCAUUCAAGAUCUCAUUCUCUCUAUUCAACAAGAACAAAAAAUGGCGGAUACAGGUAGAACAACCCAUCACGAUAUCAUAGGCAGAGACCAGUACCCGAUGAUUGGCCGAGACCGAGACCAAUAUCAGAUGUCCGGACGAGGGUCCGACUACUCCAAGUCUAGGCAGAUUGCUAAAGCUGCUACUGCUGUCACAGCUGGUGGUUCUCUCCUUGUCCUCUCCAGCCUUACCCUUGUUGGAACUGUCAUAGCUUUGACUGUUGCAACACCUCUGCUCGUUAUUUUCAGCCCAAUCCUUGUCCCGGCUCUCAUCACCGUUGCACUGCUCAUCACCGGUUUUCUCUCCUCUGGUGGGUUUGGCAUUGCAGCUAUAACCGUUUUCUCUUGGAUUUACAAGUACGCAACCGGAGAGCACCCACAGGGAUCAGAUAGGUUGGACAGUGCAAGGAUGAAGUUGGGAAGCAAGGCUCAGGAUCUAAAAGACAGAGCUCAGUACUACGGACAGCAACAUACUGGUGGGGAACAUGACCGUGACCGUACUCGUGUUGGCCAGCACACUACUUAAAUUUCCCGGGUGUCAUCAUCAUAGUCCAAUAACUCCGAUGUCGGGGAGUUAGUUUAUGAGGAAUAAAGUGUUUAGAAUUUGAUCAGGGGAGAUAAUAAAAGCCGAUAUGCAGUUUUUUUUUUUUAAUCUUUUUGUUAUAAGUAAUGUUUUAUGUGUGUUACUAUAUGUUUUUUUUUUUAAGUGUGAUGUUGUAUGUACUUUCUUUGGCUUCUUUGUAAGUGGUAACGUUGGUCUAUAUAUGGAAAAGGUCUUGUUUUGUUAAACUAA